CAGUACGCUGCUGGAGUCAAGUUUGGUUGAACUCCGACUCUGGUAUGUUCAUCAAUUCUAAAGCGCGAGCGUUUUUUGAGGCUUACAUAUGCUUAUGAUCUUUUUAACGGGAUGAAAAGGACAUCUGGACGACACAUUUUUACUAGACAUUUUCACAUCCCACUUCCGGAUGUAACAUUGUAGCGCAGGACACCGAAUUUGCCUCUGGAAUCUGCGCCGUCUGUGUAUAACAGCAUUCCAAGGGCAUCGCUAUGGAUUCCUUUGGACGGCUGGAGUUCCUGCGGGCUCUGGCAGAGGGUUGUGUGCUGCCCACUGCCCAGCAAGGUGUGGAGCAAGUGUGGCAGCUCCUGCUGGUCUGCCUAUUGUGCCGGGUCAUCUGUAGACUAGGUGUCUCGUCUCAUGUGAAGCAUCUGAGCUCACUGGCAGGUGGCCUGUAUGUGCUGUACGUGUUCUUUGAGCUGCAUAUGAUGUGGGUGAUUAUCCUGAGUCUCCUGUGUUACCUCAUCCUGCUCCUCUGCAUAAACUCCAGCAGCAAAGGGGUCUUCCUCUCCCUUGUCAUCCUCAUCUACAUGCUGAUGGGUGAGCUACACAUGAUAGAUGCAGCAACCUGGCAUAAGAUGAGAGGCUCUCAGAUGGUUGUGGCCAUGAAGGCGAUCUCUCUGGCCUUUGACCUUGAUCGAGGUGCUGUGUCCACCUUUCCUUCCCCGCUGGAGUUUAUCGGAUACCUCUUCUUUGUGGGAACCGUUGUCUUUGGCCCAUGGAUCAGUUUCAACAGCUACACAAAUUCUAUUAAUGGCCGCAAAAUGAGUGUUGCCUGGUUUGGAAAGAUUGCUCUGAGCUUUCUGAGGAGUCAAAUCUGCUUGGUUAUUUCCAACUGUAUUGCUCCUUAUCUCUUUCCUUACUUCAUUCCCAUCUAUGGAGAUGGACUUCCUCGUAGGUGGCUUCACGCUUAUGAAAACGCAGUGUCCUUCCACUUCAGUAAUUACUUUGUCAGCUACUUGAGUGAAACAACCACUGUAUUGGCUGGAGUUGGAUUCUCUGAGCACAAAGACAACCUCAAAUGGGAUAUCUCCGUAGCUAAGCCUCUGAAUGUGGAAUUUCCGAGGUCCAUGGUGGAAGUUGUUACUUCUUGGAAUCUACCCAUGUCAAAGUGGCUGAAUGCAUAUGUUUUUAAAAGUGCACUCAGACUUGGAACAUUUCCUGCUAUUUUGGUGACCUACACAGCCAGUGCAUUAUUACAUGGUCUCAGCUUCCAUCUUGGGGCAGUGCUGUUGUCUUUGGGUUUCAUCACUUAUGUUGAACAUGUUCUGAGAAAACGGUUGGCAGCAAUUUUCAAUGCCUGUAUACUGUCGAAGCAUUGUCCAAGUGACUGCCACCACCAAAAUAAGAAGGCUGUGUGGGUGUAUGGUGUUAACCUGUUCUUCAGUGCACUAUCAAUAUUCCAUCUGACAUACCUGGGCUCACUGUUUGACUCUGAAAUGGACAACACGAAUGCAGAGGAGGGAUACAUGGCCAGUCACACCAUUCAGAAAUGGUCGGAGCUGAACUGGGCCAGCCAUUGGGUGAUGCUUUGCAGUUUUGUGUUUUAUUGGCUCAUUUAAAGGGCAGAGUAUAAGAUUUAUUUACUAAUCAGAGGACUGAAACUGAACCUUUAAAGAUGUGGGUGCUUGUGGACAAGCCUUUAGCUGCUGAGAUCCUAUGGAGUGCAGUUUUCGACACAGUUGUCAGAGUAACCACAUCUACCCUGCUGUCUUUCACAUGGAGAAGAGCGUCAUGGAUUAAGUGCCUUAUGACUCAUGUUGUUUCAAGAAUCAUGUUUUGAUAAUGUUAAGAGUACAUAUUCUUUUUAUUUAGAUUAGGUACAUUUUUGGAUUAAGCAAACGGAUGAAAAUUAUAUAACUGCGCAAUGUAUGUGUUAAGUAUUAUUUGUAUCUUUUUUUGUUAGUUGUUACUUUGAAUUGCUUCAUAUAGUGGAUAACAGAUUCUGUGUGACCAUGUAUGUUAUUGUCACUUGUAUAGGAUAUGUCUUGAUGCUGUAAACAUGUUUUGUAGUUUUACCAAAAGGUGUAGAUUAGGUCUGACAUUAUUAUUAUUUUCUAAUAAAAU